AUCUUGUGAAUUAGCGUACCAUCAAUGAUGGCAGAACAUCCACCGUUACUGGAUACCACUUCGAUUAUAAGUAGUGAAAUCCCUCUUCUAACUUCCCCUAUUGUUAGUGGGGAUGGAGCACAACAGAUUAUUCUUGUGCAAGUUAAUCCAGGGGAAGCAUUUACAAGAAGAAGAGAAGAUGGACAGUUUCAGUGCAUUACAGGUCCUGCUCAGGUUCCAAUGAUGUCCCCAAAUGGUUCAGUGCCUACUAUUUAUGUGCCUCCUGGAUAUGCCCCACAGGUGAUUGAGGAUAACGGUGUUCGAAGGGUUGUGGUGGUUCCCCAGGCUCCAGAAUUUCAUCCUGGUGGUCAUGCAGUGAUACACAGGCCUCCGCAUCCCCCACUGCCUGGCUUCCUUCCUCUUCCAGCCAUGAUACCCCCUCCACCACGUCAUAUAUACUCACCCGUGACCGGAGCUGGUGACAUGGCAACGCAGUACAUUCCACAGUAUCACACCUCACAAGUAUAUGGGGAUCUGGAUACUCUGCCUGCUCAUGGAAGAUCCAACUUUAGAGAUGAAAGGUCUAGUAAAACAUAUGAAAGGUUACAAAAAAAAUUAAAAGAUCGACAUGGAACUCAGAAGGAUAAGUUAAACAGUCCUCCAUCGUCUCCUCAGAAAUGUCCUUCUCCUACAAGUGAACAUAAUGGACUUACAAAAGGACAGGAUGCAGCUGGUAUAAGCACAGGUUCUACCAAAAGCAAGUCUUUGGGUAAAGGAAAAAGCAAUUCUCAGACAGACACAGAAGUAGAAGAAAAGGAUGAAGAAACAAAAGCACUUGAAGCACUUCUUUCUAAUAUAGCCAAGCCAGUGGUAUCAGACAUUCAGGCAAGAACAGCACUGCUUAUGUGGUCCCCUCCAUCCAGUGAUACCAGAGAAGACGCUGACAAGAAUAAUGUACCAGAUGUUUAUACUUACGAAGUAAUGAUUUCAAAUACUGGAAAAGAUGGAAAGUACAAAACUGUAUACAUUGGAGAAGAAAAUAAAGUUACUGUAAAUGAUCUCAGGCCAGCAACUGAUUACCAUGCAAAAGUUCAAGUAGAAUGCAACUGUGUAAAGGGGAGCCCUUCAGAAGCAGAGAGUUUUACCACAACAAGUUGUGAACCUGAUACUCCAAAUCUGCCCAGGAUAACUAAUCGGACCAAAAAUUCUCUUACUCUGCAGUGGAAGGCAUCUUGUGAUAAUGGUUCUAAAAUCCACAGUUACCUUUUAGAAUGGGAUGAAGGAAAAGGAAAUGGAGAGUUUUGCCAGUGUUAUUAUGGCCAACAGAAGCAGUAUAGGAUCACUAAACUAUCACCAGCAAUGGGGUACACCUUUAGGCUAGCAGCCAAAAAUGACAUGGGAAUGAGUGGUUUUAGUGAAGAAGUCCUGUAUCAUACCUCAGGCACUGCCCCAACCACACCAGCAAGUCCUUUGCUGAUUAAUGCUGGAGUUACUUGGUUAUCCCUACAGUGGACAAAACCCUCAGGAACACCAUCAGAUGAAGGAAUCUCAUAUAUAUUAGAGAUGGAGGAUGAGAACUCAGGAUAUGGUUUCAAGCCAAAAUACGAUGGUGACGAUCUUACCUACACGGUGAAGAAUUUGAGGCGUAGUACAAAAUAUAAAUUUAGGGUCAUUGCCUAUAACUCAGAAGGGAAAAGCAGUCCAAGUGAGACAGUAGAAUACAUUACUUGUCCAGACAAGCCUGGAGUACCUUCAAAACCCGCAGUGAAAGGAAAAAUUCAUGCACAGAGUUUUAAAAUAAUCUGGGAUCCACCAAAAGACAAUGGAGGAGCAGCAAUAAAUACAUAUGUUGUGGAAAUGUCUGAAGGCUUAAAUGGAAACAAAUGGGACACAAUAUACAGCGGAGCUGCUAGGGAACAUGUGUGUGACCGACUAAAUCCUGGCUGUUCCUAUCGCUUACGUGUGUAUUGCAUUGGGGAAGGAGGACAAAGCACGGCAUCUGAUUCUUUACUGGUUCAGACACCAGCAGUGGUUCCUGGUCCGUGCCAGCCUCCAAGGCUACAGGGUAGACCAAGAGCAAGAGAAAUUCAGCUGCGCUGGGGACCGCCCCAGGUAGAUGGUGGUUCACCCAUUACCUGUUAUGGUCUGGAAAUGUUUCAGUCAGAAACCGAUGAACACAGAGAGGUUUACCAAGGCUCUGAUGUUGAAUGCACAGUAGGCAGCCUUCUUCCGGGGAGGAUGUACAGCUUCAGACUGCGAGCAGCUAACAAGGCUGGGUUUGGACCUUACUCGGAAAAAUGUGAAAUAACUACAGCACCUGGACCACCAGAUCAGUGCAGGCCCCCUCAAGUGGCAUGCAGAUCUGCUGCAUGUGCUCAGGUGUCGUGGGAGGUUCCAGUGAGUAACGGAGCUGAUGUCACAGAGUAUCGACUGGAGUGGGGUGGUGUGGAAGGAUGCAUGCAGAUCUCCUAUUGUGGGCCUGGGCUCAACUGUGAAAUGAAAGGGCUUUUGCCUGCAACUAUAUACUAUUGCAGGGUUCAGGCAGUGAAUGUUGCAGGUGCAGGCCCUUUCAGUGAAGUAGUGGCAUGUAUGACUCCAGCCUCUGUACCUGCAGUUGUGACUUGUCUUCGAGGACUAAGUGAAGAUGAAGUUGAAAGUCCACACUAUUCCCCCUCCACAUGCCUUGCUAUAAGCUGGGAAAAACCUUGUGACCAUGGAUCUGAAAUCCUUGGCUACAGCAUAGACUUUGGAGAUAAGCAGCCAGUAACUGUUGGGAAGGUUCUGACCUAUUUUAUAGAUGGCUUACAGCCAGAUACUACCUACAGAGUACGAAUUCAAGCCCUAAACAGCCUCGGAGCGGGUCCUUUCAGCCACACCAUAAAACUGAAAACAAAGCCUCUCCCCCCAGAUCCACCUCGCCUGGAGUGUGCUGCAUACAGUUCUCAGACUCUCAAGCUGAAGUGGGGAGAGGGAACUGCAAAAGCAUUAACUGACUCCAUUCAGUACCACCUUCAAAUGGAGGAUAAGAACAGAAGGUUUGUGUCCUUAUACAGAGGACCAUGUCAUACAUACAAAGUACAAAGACUCAGUGAGUCAACAUCAUACAAAUUUUGUAUUCAGGCAUGUAAUGAAGCUGGUGAAGGUCCCCUUUCUCAAGAAUAUGUUUUCACUACUCCCAAAUCUGUUCCAGCUGCCUUGAAAGCACCAAGGAUAGAGAGAAUAAACGAUCACACUUGUGAAAUCGCAUGGGAGGUUCUGCAGCCCAUGAAGGGUGAUCCAGUUAUCUACUGUCUUCAGGUCAUGGUGGGAAAAGACUCAGAAUUCAAACAGAUUUAUAAGGGUCCGGACUGGUCAUUCCGAUACACAGGCCUCCAGCUGAACUGUGAAUACCGUUUCCGCGCAUGUGCCAUUCGACAGUGCCAAGAGACAGUAGGUCAUCAGGACCUGAUAGGCCCCUACAGUGCACCAGUGCUAUUCAUCUCUCAGAGGACUGAACCACCGUCAAGCACCAACAAGGACACUGUGCAAACCACAAGGACACAAUGGUCACAGAGCGACCAAGUGUGUGCUGCUGUCAUCCUUGCACUUUUUGCUAUCUUUUCCAUUCUGAUUGCUGUUAUCAUUCAGUACUUCGUAAUAAAGUGAAGAAAAGA